CAGCAUCCCGCGCCAAGAUGGAAGCGAUCACAGCCAACCCCAUCUACUACGAUAUGGGUAUCUCAAAGAGCCCGAUGGCCGAGCCGAAAGGAUACAAGGUGGUGCCAAUAACCAACGAUGACAUCGAAACUGUCCUGUCAUUCCUCAGGAAAUUUUUCUUCCGGGACGAGCCACUGAAUCUUUGCAUCGGAUUGCUUGAUGAGCAGCCGACCUGUGAGGAAUUGGAGAAGUUUUGUGUAGAGCCUAUUCCAGAUGGUUUCUCACUUAAAGCAGUUUCCCCCUCUGGCGAGAUCAUCGGAGUUUGUCUCAAUGGCGUCGUGAAACGAUCAGACGUGGAUGAAGAAGAAAUGGAGUGCAACAACGCCAAGUUCCGCAAAAUUCAAGAACUACUCGAUAAGGUCUAUACCGAGGCGGACAUAUUCGGCAGGUUUCCCGACGUUGAAAAGUUCCUGGACAUCAGAGUAGCUUCUGUAGACGAAGCAUACAGAGGUCGAGGCAUCGCCAAGGCGCUUUUUGAUGAAACCAGGAGAAUAGCAGGUGAAAAUGGAUUUGAAAUGGUUAAGGCAGAUGCCACAUCUCACUUCACUGCCCUCGCAGUGAUCAAACUUGGCUUCCAUUGCAUAUACACCCUCAACUACGCAGAAUAUAAAGAUGAAGAUGGACAAGUUAUCUUCUCUCCUGAAGAUCCCCACACAUGUGUGAAGACCUUUGUCUACCGAAUCAACUAAGUCAUAUGCUAAUACAGUUCCUUUAUUAUAAAAGCUAUAAAUGAGUGUUACCUGAUAUGUGAAGAUUUGUAAUUAGAAAAUAAGUUUAAAUAUUUUUAGAUGACUUUCGAAAUGUAGUUUAUUUUACAUAUUACAUGUAUCCUUUAUUUUAUACAUAUGUAUUUUGUAAAACUGAGUUUUUUAACGCACAAAAUAUAAUAACAAUGAAUCAUACAAAUAUGUUAAAAUAUAAUUCUAGAUUUUAUUUUCAAUAUGUAAAAACAUAAUUUUCAAAGAUUUUUUUCUAAAUAAAUCAUUAUUGUUAUUAUUA